AUGCACGAAAGAAGAAUAGGAAAUAAUCUCUUCAGACAUAUCGAAGCACUUCGCAAUAAUUAUUUGCGUUGUCACGGGAACAAGCCAAUCAGACCAGUGUUUCAUGGGAACAACAGUGCUGGAAAGAACCAAGUACAAGCAUGUUAUAUUCAGCAGCUGCACUCAUCGGCCAUGCUUCCAUUAGGUCACACCCUCAUCUACCCAGCUCAUCCCCUAAUACCUGUGCUCCAUCAGGUCUACGAAACUUCGGAUUUUGGCCGGUACAAGAACGAGACGGUGCAGGUCCGCGGCAACGCGGCGACGGGAGGCAUGUGCGGCGCCGAGGAGGCUCUGCACCGUGCGAUCAAUGUGCAUGGUGUUGGUGGUCGGCCAUACACAAGGGCAAAGCCGGCGCCGAAAAAGCACAGCAUAGCUGAGCUGAAGCAAAAUGCCUUUUGUCAUGUAGCCAAAUGUCAAGUAUCCAGCGCAGUUCGUAUUCCGCACACCAGGUCGGCCGACAGUCCCCUGUCCAUGAUCAUCACAGGGAAAAAUAAACACCGCAGCGGGGUACAGAGUAUGUAA